AUGAUUGAACCUCAAUUGAAUCACAUCACGCAUAUAAACUCAAAUAUAGAGCUACAAAGCUCAACAAAAAAUGUUAAACCAGUAGCUCUUUCAUCUCCUAUUCGCCCAAAUAUAAAAAAAGCUCACCAACUUAAUCAUAUCUCGAAGCAUUACAAAUAUAUUCAAACUCCACCAACAAGUCAAGUAAAACAAGCUUCAACAAUUCAAGUACUACCAUUAUUAUCAUCAACAACAACAACUGCUGCUAUAGUAGAAGAGUCAAGUUCAUUUGAUGUGGAGUCUCCUACAUCAGAUCCUUUAACUCCAUUAUCACCAAGAGAUUUUAUUUCACCACAUGAUCCACCAUAUGAAGCAGAUUUAUAUUUCCCACCACCAAAUAGAAUGAAAAAAGCAAUUAAUAUUUUAGGAACUUCAGAUAUUUUUACAGAAUAUGUAGAAGAUAGAUAUUCACGAUUUAGACCAAAUAUAUCACAACAUAAUAAUGAUAUGAUAAUGAAUAAUUUACAUCCUUUUCAAAAAGAAAAUUAUGGAAUUGAACAAAAAAGUUUUUUACAAAAUUUAGGAUCAUGGUUCAAAUCUUCAAAAAAGACAAAAACAAUACCAACUACAAUUGAUUUGGAAAGACAAGAUGAAGGUAGAGAAGAAACCCAAGAAGAAGAAGAAGAAAACCAAGAAAAUAAAAGUAAUAGUUUUCGAACAAUUAUAAUAAAUCAAGAACCAGAACAAACUCCUCAACCAAUUUAUACACCAAGAGGAAUCCCAAUAAAUGAAUAUAUUCUAAAUUAUAAUAAAAUUCCUGAUAAUUCAAAUUUAGGUGAAGAAAUUGAAAGAAGAGAAGCAAUUAUAAAUUCAUUUGAUGAUGAUAUUAGAGAUUUAAUUGAUGGAGUUGAUAAUUUUUUAACUUCAUGUUUAGAUGGUAUUUGGAUGUUUUUGAUGAUUAUUUGGAAUAAUUGUAGUAUAUCAAUAUAUUGA